GGUUGUUCUUCCCGUAUGCCCACUUGUCUGUACUCUUGAUACUGGCACUCUCCGUACUGUCGGUGUAUCAUUCCCUGCAUCCAGCACCGGAUAUUGCACUCUUCUACCUGGAUAUCGCCCCCUGUCUCCGUUGCGGCUUUGUUACAAGUACAAACCCAACUUUCUCACACUAGCCGCGUCGCUUUCGCCACGCUCUCCCUCCAUCACAUCUGGCCGCGACUUUGCGAACGAAGGACGGCCUGUUCUACACAGACCUGAACUCACCUUUGCAAUUUCUUGGUCCAUGAACCCGCGCAAAAGACCAGCAUCGGAGACUCUUCUGCCGCUGCGUGCCCAGAAAGUACCCCGAAGAGCUUACACGAACUGUACUGGAGCCACCGCUAGCCCGUCACAGGACGAAAGCCUUUUGUCUCGUUGGUCGCGAUUCGGAGAGGAGUUCUCAACUCUCAUGAUUGACACCGUCAAGGCAGCGAUUCGAGGUGAGUCGCGCGCGUUUGUUUAUGUCUGCGAGCUUAUACUCAAUCGUCGUUCAGGAUUCUUUGAGAAUGAACAAGAGGAACGAGCAAAUGGCAAGAGGAUAUUACCUAGUCCCGCUACUGUAGAAGCUCCUGCACCACCGCCACCGCCACCUCCACCUCCACGUCGUAGCUCGUCAGGCUCCCGACCACGCGCCAAUGCCGACCAGCCAAUAGCUGGCCCUUCGCGUCUACCUCAGAAUGCCAAACCAUCACAUAUACCACCAGUGCCUAUGAAUAUCGGAGUAUCCACGUCCGCAUCGAAACUUCCCACAAAUGGACUCGCAACUGGUCGAAGGGAAGAUGGAUUGCAUCAGACUGCCAUCCAGACAGGUCUACCAUCACCUCCCUUGACUGCUUCUUCCGUCAGCUCAAGAACUCCUUCGUCUGUUUAUACAGGCGCACAUCCUGACCUUGAGGCUGCCAUACGCAUGGCGGAGCGUGCUCAGAAACGAGCGGAGGCGAAGAAGACUGUCGGACGACGUCAACAUAUUUUUAGCAAAGCUCACAAAGCUCAAGUUGUGGAAGAGCGAGAGAAAUUGCGGGAGGAGAUGGAAUACGAGCUGUAUAAGAUUAAAAGGGCUUCAGGAUAUGAAUCCGAUUUCAAGGCGUUCAGAGGGUGGAUGCUCUACACUAGUAAGCUGGAGGAGAUCGCAGUUCAAGAACUUCUCUCGCCAUCACGAUCACUUCUGGACCUGCGCCAGAGAGCAGAAGAGCCCGCUCGCAGACACUCUGCGGAUGAGUUCCUUGCACGAGCACUCCAGAAGGCCAAACUCAGUCAACAAAGUCCGCCACCUCCCAAGCCCUUCACACCCACUCUCGAACUGUUACGGGUAUUGCACAAGGCCAAGGAUGAGGAAAUUGAGAAACGACUUCACCCCGUUAUUGAGCUUCCUCCAUCGUUACCGCCAGAAGAAGAAGCGGAAGUUGAUCGGUUAAUUCGAAAACGUGGCGUCAUCGCGAAAUGUGGCAGAGAGCAGGUUUCGGACAAGGAUAUCUCUCGACUAUUGCCCAAUCAAUGGCUGAAUGACGAGAUCAUCAACUUUUACGGUCAGAUGAUCUUGUCAAGAUCGGAGGGCAGCAAAGAGAAUCCAGCAGUGAACGGUGUCGUCAAGGGUCGACGGAAACCGCUCAAUGUUCACUACUUCAAUACCUUCUUCUGGUCGAAACUGAAGGGAGAAGGGUAUGAGAAAGCGAGGUUGGCGAAAUGGACGAAGAAAAUCGACAUCUUCACAAAGGAUGCCAUUCUGAUUCCAAUCAACCACAUGAAUGCUCAUUGGACUGCUGCCGCUAUAAACUUCCGGAAGAAGCGGAUAGAGUCGUAUGAUAGCAUGAGUAUGGAUCGCGCAAUGGUGUUCAAGCUUCUACGGGGAUAUUUGGAUGCGGAGCAUCGUAAUAAAAAGAAGAAGCCAUUUGAUUUCACUGGGUGGGAAGAUUACGAGAUGGAGGAUAUACCCCAACAAGAGAACGGUUUUGAUUGUGGUGUCUUCACUUGCCAGUUCCUGGAAUCGCUGUCGAGGGGCGAGGAGAGGUUCCCGUUCCGACAACGGAAUAUGCCUUACCUGCGGCGACGAAUGAUAUGGGAAAUUGGGCAUGCGAGACUGCGAGACUCGCCAUAGCUUGUAACUUAUUCCUUGGACCACAUCUUGGCUAUCUUAUGUGAUACCUUAUUCCGUACUUUGGGCACAUCAUAUCUAUCGUAGAGAUAAUUGCAUUACAUUCGGAAUCGGCGGAUAUUGCAAAGA